AUGCUAUUCCUCAAUAUUAUCCAUUGCUGGUUAGCACUACUUUCGCUACUUGCCAACACAGCAAGCGUCUAUGGAAUACCAAUCCAAGAUGUCGGCUUCUCAACACCCGCCUCUUUAUCCAAGCGCGACACAGAAACACUUCGCGCAACACUAGUUUGCUUCCAUACACAGCGCUACCACGUCGCCUUGAUAAUCGACCGCAAAGACUACGAUGUAUCCUACCGAUAUCAUGCCACCCAGAGAGGGAAUUCGCGCACAUUCAAAUUGAGCCGAGACCGGAGGCAGGGUGGCAGCUAUGUGGACUUUGGACUCCCAAAACUGACUGCUGAUGUUCCUCUCACCUCUUUCGCUAGCAACUGGGAUGACGUUGACAAUGCUAUCAACGUUGAAUCCCUUCUUCCAGCUUCAGGCUAUGACUGCUGGCAAUACGUCAAGAAUGCCCUUGCGACCAUGCAAACAAGAGGGUGGGUGACUGGGUUGGAUGUGGCGAGUGCUUAUAGCGAACUUCUGGACAAGGCUACAAAUGCCGGGAUGGAAAUAAGCUGUCAAGCAUUCUGA